CUUCUCUUCUAAUUAAGUCUCUAACCAUGCAAGACACAAAACCACACGCAGCAAUCCUUGCUAGUCCUGGCGUGGGACACCUAGUCCCUGUUAUAGAGCUCGGCAAGCGCUUAGUAACCCAUCAUGGCUUCCACGUCACCAUCUUUGUUAUCACAGCUGAUUCUUCAUCAUCUGCAGAAACCCAACUUCUCUCCUCUCAAAACCCUAAUGUCCUCGACAUUAUCUCACUCCCACGAGUUGAUAUUUCUGGCCUACUUGAUCGUGCGGCAUCAAUAGUAACUAAAAUUAUAGUCAUGAUGCGUGAAUCCUUACCAGGACUUCGGUCGACGAUUCUUUCGAUGGAGUAUCGCCCGACGGUACUCAUCGUUGACUUGUUCGGAACCGAAGCGUUGGAUAUCGCCGAUGAAUUCGAGAUGUCGAAGUACGUGUUCAUUGCUUCUAAUGCGUGGUUUCUUGCGAUCACAAUAUAUGUCCCGACUCUUGAUGAAAGAGAGGAAGAUGAUCACGUCGACGGUCAGAAACCUCUGAAGAUUCCGGGUUGUGAACCGGUCCGGUUCAAUGAUACUCUUGAUGCGUAUUUGGACCGGAGUGAUCAACUUUAUGGUGAGUAUAUUCGAAUUGGGCGCGAAAUUUGUACGGCUGAUGGGGUUUUGUUGAACACGUGGGAGGAUCUGGAGCCUAAAACAGUUAAGGCGUUGAGAGAUCCGAACUUAUUGGGUCGGGUCACUCGGGUUCCAGUUUAUCCAAUUGGUCCAUUGGCAAGAGAGAUCGGACCGGCGGUUUCGAACAACCCAGUUUUGAAUUGGCUAGACGUGCAACCCACCGAGUCAGUAAUAUACGUUUCGUUUGGGAGUGGUGGGACCCUCUCAGCCGAGCAAACAAUCGAGUUGGCUCAUGGGUUGGAGCUGAGCAGGCAGAGGUUUAUUUGGGUGGUCCGCCCGCCCUUGGAUAACGAUGCAUCCGGGUCAUUUUUUAAUGCGGGUAAUGUCGCAGAUGGCAUGUCCAGCUUCUUGCCUGAUGGGUUCAUGGGCCGGACCAAAAACUUGGGCCUGAUAGUACCCAUGUGGGCCCCACAGGUGGAGAUCUUGGCCCAUCCAUCUGUCGGUGGAUUUCUAUCCCAUUGUGGUUGGAAUUCAACCUUAGAGAGUAUUAUCCAUGGGGUGCCAAUGAUCGCAUGGCCAUUGUACGCGGAGCAGAAAAUGAAUGCUACUAUGCUGGCGGAAGAGCUCGGCUUAGCUGUCCGAUCAGCGGAGCUAGCAAACGGAGUGGUGGGGAGGGAGGAGAUAAAGAAGAUGGUUAGAAGGAUAAUGAAGGAUAAAGAAGGAUAUAUGAUAAGGAAGAGAAUGAAGGAAACAAAAGACAAAGCUCUUGAGGCUUUGAGCAAAGGUGGUUCGUCUGAUGAAUCGCUGUCUCGAGUGGUUGAGGACUGUGUGAUUGGCUUGCAGGCUGCAGGAAACAGAGCAAAAUGAUCAUUGUGUGGAGUAGUUUUUCACCUGUUUGCUACUCUACCCAAGAUUAGCUUAAUACUAUUUGUUAAUGUUCUUGUAAUUUUGUGAUAAUAUAGUUUGUGUGUUAGUGUACUUUAAUGUUGCUUUUGUUCCUAUGUGAAGCAUGAUAAGAAAGAUAUGGAGCGUUAGUGCAUGGCUCUUUAGUUUAAGAAUAAACAAGUUUCGCCAGCUUUU